GCCUUCCUCCAGAGUUCAACCAAGACACCUACGCCGCGACCGCUGAAGGGCGGCGGUAAUCCACGCGCAGUGCAGAAGCCCCUGGUACUCCUUUUCAGCCGCAAUCUUGACUACUUCACACCUUUCAUGGUGCCAAUGACAUUUGAGGCCCUAAUUCACGAGGCUCUCGGAGUCGACAACGGCAAGUUUUACGAUUCAUAA